GGUGCCAAGCACAGCUGGACCAGCAGCAGCAGCUGGGCGAGUGACAGCCCAGCUACGCGCGCGCGGCCGCCGCCAGAGCCGGCGCGAAGGGGCAGCGCGGCCCUGCGGUCCCCGGGCGGCAGCAGCGGCCGCCUAGUCCCGCGCCUCUCCGGGCUUGCAGCCCCGCGGUCCCGCCGCCCCGGGGCCGCCACCUCUCGGGGCUCCCCCCAGUCCCCGCGCGCGCAAGAUGGCUGACCCGGCUGCGGGGCCGCCGCCGAGCGAGGGCGAGGAGAGCACGGUGCGCUUCGCCCGCAAAGGCGCCCUCCGGCAGAAGAACGUGCACGAGGUGAAGAACCACAAAUUCACCGCCCGCUUCUUCAAGCAGCCCACCUUCUGCAGCCACUGCACCGACUUCAUCUGGGGCUUCGGGAAGCAGGGAUUCCAGUGUCAAGUCUGCUGCUUUGUUGUACACAAGCGCUGCCAUGAGUUCGUCACGUUCUCCUGCCCCGGUGCGGACAAGGGCCCGGCCUCUGAUGACCCCCGGAGCAAACACAAGUUUAAGAUCCACACCUACUCCAGCCCUACCUUCUGUGACCACUGUGGAUCACUGCUGUAUGGACUCAUCCACCAGGGGAUGAAAUGUGACACCUGUAUGAUGAACGUGCACAAGCGCUGCGUGAUGAACGUCCCCAGCCUCUGCGGCACUGACCACACGGAACGCCGUGGCCGCAUCUAUAUCCAGGCCCACAUCGACAGGGAGGUUCUCAUCGUUGUUGUAAGAGAUGCUAAAAAUCUGGUACCUAUGGACCCCAAUGGCUUGUCAGAUCCCUACGUAAAACUGAAACUGAUCCCUGAUCCCAAAAGUGAGAGCAAGCAGAAGACCAAGACCAUCAAGUGCUCCCUCAACCCAGAGUGGAAUGAAACCUUCAGAUUUCAGCUGAAGGAAUCAGACAAAGACAGAAGACUGUCUGUAGAGAUCUGGGAUUGGGACCUGACCAGCAGGAAUGACUUCAUGGGGUCUCUGUCGUUUGGGAUUUCAGAACUACAGAAAGCCGGUGUGGAUGGCUGGUUCAAGUUACUAAGCCAGGAAGAGGGCGAGUACUUCAAUGUGCCCGUGCCGCCAGAAGGAAGCGAGGGCAACGAAGAGCUGCGGCAGAAGUUUGAGAGAGCCAAGAUUGGCCAAGGUACCAAGGCUCCAGAAGAAAAGACAGCUAACACUAUCUCCAAAUUUGACAACAAUGGCAACAGGGACCGGAUGAAACUGACCGAUUUUAACUUCCUGAUGGUGCUGGGAAAAGGCAGCUUUGGCAAGGUCAUGCUCUCUGAGCGGAAGGGUACAGAUGAGCUCUAUGCCGUGAAGAUCCUGAAGAAGGAUGUGGUGAUCCAAGAUGAUGAUGUGGAGUGCACCAUGGUGGAGAAGCGGGUGCUGGCCCUGCCUGGGAAGCCUCCGUUCCUGACUCAGCUCCAUUCCUGCUUCCAGACCAUGGACCGUCUGUACUUUGUGAUGGAGUAUGUGAAUGGGGGCGACCUCAUGUACCACAUCCAACAAGUUGGCCGUUUCAAGGAGCCCCAUGCUGUAUUUUACGCUGCAGAGAUUGCCAUCGGUCUGUUCUUCUUGCAGAGCAAGGGCAUUAUUUACCGUGACCUGAAACUUGACAACGUGAUGCUGGAUUCUGAGGGGCACAUCAAAAUCGCUGACUUUGGCAUGUGUAAGGAGAACAUCUGGGAUGGGGUGACAACCAAGACAUUCUGUGGCACUCCGGACUACAUUGCCCCAGAGAUCAUUGCUUAUCAGCCCUACGGGAAGUCUGUGGACUGGUGGGCAUUUGGAGUCCUGCUGUAUGAAAUGUUGGCUGGCCAGGCACCUUUUGAAGGGGAGGAUGAGGAUGAACUCUUCCAGUCAAUCAUGGAACACAAUGUGGCAUAUCCCAAGUCCAUGUCCAAGGAAGCUGUGGCAAUCUGCAAAGGGCUAAUGACCAAACACCCAGGCAAGCGCCUGGGUUGUGGGCCUGAAGGGGAACGAGACAUUAAGGAGCAUGCGUUUUUCCGGUAUAUUGACUGGGAGAAACUCGAACGCAAGGAGAUUCAGCCACCUUAUAAACCAAAAGCUUGUGGGCGAAACGCUGAAAACUUCGACCGGUUUUUCACCCGCCAUCCACCAGUCCUAACACCUCCUGACCAGGAAGUCAUCAGGAAUAUUGAUCAAUCAGAAUUCGAAGGAUUUUCCUUUGUUAACUCUGAAUUUUUAAAACCUGAAGUCAAGAGCUAAGUAGAUCCGUAGACCUCCGUCCUCCAUUUCUGUCAUUCAAGCGCAACAGCUGUCAUGGUGACAUUUUUUCUUUUUCAUUGCCGAGUUACAUCCGUGUUUUCUUUUCUGAUGAGGCUAGAGUGGCCAUGUUUCAGAACCCAAAUGUCUUCAGGUAGUUUGGAGCAUCUCAAGGAGAUGGAAUUAUGCAGGUGGCAUGUAGAAAGUGCUGCAUAAUCGUGACACACUCAGAAUCCUACUAUGUUCGUCCCCAGCAUGUCGGCUCACAGGCCCCCACAGGAGAAAAAAUGCUUGCUUUUCUCCCUGGUCCUCUGCACUGCCAUCUUUACCCCAACCCUCCAGGCUACAUCCUCCCUACAAAAUGGAUAGAUGAACCAAACGCUAGCAAUAUCCUUCCACUUUCCAGGCUGGGAGCUUGGCUUGAAUCCAAGUAUAUGGCUGCUUUGCCCUGGAGGGAACCCCUCCACGCUGCCUGUUCUGGAAGCAGUUGAGCUUUGAAAAGAACAUGCUAAAAAUAAAUUUUUAUUUUUAUUUUUUUAACUCUGUGUUAAGAAGAUUAUCUAAGUCCUGGGGAAAAAAGGGGGGGGGGAAUGCGCUUUUAGACAAGUUUCCAUCUAAAAGCACUUCAGGGUCAAAAGGCAACCAGCUUGGGUGCUGUCACCUUGCUGUAGUUUCUAAUACUGUAUGUUUGAUAGCGGUACCCUCAUCCCCCAAACUACUCAAGAAUGACAUUUGGCACUGUUCCUGGAACCACAUGGUCACUCUAGCCAGGUCCCAAAGGACCCUGAUUCUACAUUACAUUUCAAAUGUUACUUGCUUUUUAUUUCUGUCAUCACUGAAAUGCAAAAA